AGUUGGUUUCCACGUGGAGAAGGUGCAGAAGAGAAGCAGAAAGAGAAAGAGAAGAAAGAAAGAGGGUUAGUGGAUAUGUGGUGAUUUGUUUCGCAGAGCUUCUUCUGCUGUAACGUUCCUUCUCUUAAACCAGCCAUCGCAAUCUCUCUCCAAUGCCCUUUUCCUUCUGCAACCUCUUCCUCUUUUUCUCCAUUCUCUCCCUUUAACUCCCUCUUCUUCUUUCUCACUUCAUUUCUCUCGCAAAACGCCAACAACAACAACAACAACAACCUUCCUCCACAACCACAAAACCAGCCAUGAUGUCCAGAAUCAACACAGUUGGAUGGAUGGAGGAACGUGAAGACGACAACAACUCCGCUUCUUGGCCAAGAAACAAGCCCACCAACACCAUCAUCGCCACCGACACAACACCCACAACAAAGCCAACAACAACAACAACAACAGCAUCAGCAGCUGCUUUCGUAGAAAACAACAAUACCCGCGACGACUUAGCUUCUCUCUGCGCCUUCAAGCCCAUGCUGGAGCUGGACGAUGAAUGGUACAUCAGCAACCACCACCACCAUAACAGCCACCACUCCCAAGACAUCACCUUCUCCCCCACCUUCCCCGACUCCGACAACCUCCUCCUCCCCGCCGUCGACUCCUCCUCCUCCUGCUCCCCUCCUCCUCCGUCUUCACCAACCUCGACCCUUCCUCCUCCACCUCCACUACUUCCUCCCUCCCAAGGCCCCCACUCUAUCGUCACUCCUCAACCCCUUCGACAUCCCCUUUCUUGACCCUCAAGCUUCCUCAUCCUUCCCGCUUCUUCCCUCUGCCCAUUUUCCCUCCGACACGCCUCCUCAGACGGCCACCGCCACCGCCUUCGCCGGCUUCCACAGCCUCGAAGACGGGUCCUCGAAACCUCUCUUUCACCAGCGCUCCAAGAUUCUGCGGCCCCUGGAGUCCCUGCCCCCCUCCGGGCGGCACCCACGCUCUUUCAGAAGAGGGCGGCGCUGGAGGAAGAACAUGUCUGCCGGGGAAGGGAGUGAGAAGAAGAGGAAGGAGGAGGAGGUGGUGGAGGAUGAGUUUGACGGGUCUGGGUUGAACUAUGAUUCUGAUGAUUUGACUGAGAUUAAUAACAACAGUGGUAGGGUGGAUGAGGGUAGUGCUAAGAACGGUGGGAACAGUUCCAAUGGCAACAGUAGCGUGACUGGGUUGGAUCAGAAAGGGAAGAAAAAGGGAAUGCCUGCUAAGAAUUUGAGCGAACGACGGCGCAGGAAGAAGCUCAAUGAUAGACUCUACAUGCUUAGGUCCGUUGUUCCUAAGAUUAGCAAAAUGGACAGGGCUUCAAUUCUUGGGGAUGCAAUCGAGUAUCUUAAGGAGCUUCUGCAAAGGAUCAAUGAUCUUCAUAACGAGUUGGAAUCUACACCGCCUGGUUCUUCCCUCACCCCUUCCUCCAAUUUCCAUCCUUUGACGCCUACUCCUCCCACACUACCCAGUCGUAUCAAAGAAGAAUUGUGCCCCAGCUCAUUGCCAAGCCCCAAUGCUCAACCUGCUAGGGUUGAGGUUCGUUUACGCGAAGGAAGGGCUGUUAACAUCCACAUGUUUUGUGCCCGCAAGCCUGGUCUGUUGCUCUCAACCAUGAGGGCUAUGGACAACCUUGGAUUAGACAUUCAGCAGGCUGUUAUCAGCUGCUUCAAUGGUUUUGCUAUGGACAUUUUUCGAGCCGAGCAAUGCAAAGAAGGUCAGGAUGUCCAUCCGGAACAGAUCAAAGCAGUUCUCUUGGAUUCAGCUGGCUAUAGUGGCAUGAUGUAACUAGUUUUGGCAUGAGAAGAACUAGUGACUGCCAUUUCUCUGUCAAUUUGGCAAGUUAAUCAGUUUUUACUUUGAAUGAAUGGCAAGUUUUUACUUUGUAAUGUCCAAUAUUCAAGUGUACGAUACUAGCUAGCUCUGGUUUUAAGUUGAGGUAGAAAAAAUUUUCACAUGAAUUUUACUCUCGCAGCGGCAGUUACUGCCUCGUACCUUUUCGCA